AUGACCCCUCCUCGUGUUAUUGUGGUUGGCGGUGGCCUUUCUGGCCUCAGUGCUGCCCACACCGUCUACCUCAAUGGUGGCAAUGUGCUAGUCCUCGAUAAGAACAACUUCUUCGGUGGUAACUCGACCAAAGCUACCUCUGGUAUCAACGGCGCUCUCACCCGCACGCAAGUCGACCUCAACAUCGGCGACUCGGUGAAACAAUUCUACGAAGACACUCUCAAAUCUGCCCGUGACAAGGCCAGACCCGAUCUCAUCCGAGUUCUGACAUACCAAUCUGCAGCUGCGGUCGAAUGGCUGCAGGAUGUCUUCAAUCUCGAUUUGACCCUUGUUUCUCGUCUCGGCGGCCAUUCCUUCCCCCGAACUCACAGAGGUCAUGAUGCCAAAUUCCCCGGCAUGGCCAUCACAUACGCCCUGAUGCAGCGGCUGGAAGAGCUCACAGAGUCGGAUCCAGAAAGAGUUCAAGUGAUCAAGAAAGCCAAAGUGGUUUCGCUCAACAAGGAGGGCAAUGUCAUUACUGGCGUGACAUACGAAUUUGACGGUCAAACGCACUCAGUCGAUGGUGUGGUUGUCCUUGCGACUGGUGGCUACGCUGCUGAUUUCACCGAAACCUCUCUCCUCAAGAAACACAGACCCGACACCUUCGACCUGUCGUCAACAAACGGUACCCAUGCCACCGGUGAUGGCCACAAGAUGUUAAUGGCAAUCGGUGCAAAUGACAUUGAUAUGGACAAGGUCCAAGUCCAUCCUACUGGCCUCGUCGAUCCAAAAGACCCCGGCUCCAAAUGGAAGUUCUUGGCAGCUGAAGCUCUGCGCGGUGAAGGUGGUAUUCUCCUCAAUAGUGAUGGCCAGCGUUUCUGCGAUGACCUCGGCCAUCGUGACUAUGUUUCCGGCAAGAUGUGGGAGGAGAAGGAGAAGGGCAAGUGGCCCAUCCGACUUAUCCUCAACUCUAAAGCCUCCAACGUCCUAGAUUUCCAUACCCGACAUUACUCUGGUCGUGGCUUGAUGAAGAAGAUGUCCGGCAAAGAGUUGGCGAAGGAAAUCGGCUGCGGCGAGCAGGCGCUUGACAAGCAGUUCAAGGAAUACAAUGCCAUUGCCAAGGGCGAGAAGAAAGAUGCUUGGGGCAAGAAGUAUUUCCACAACUUGCCUCUCGAGAUCAAUGAUACCUUCCACGUGGCCCUGAUGGAGCCUGUACUACAUUUCACCAUGGGUGGUAUGGAGAUCAAUGACAAAGCUCAAGUUCUUGGUCGAGAGCAGAAGCCAUUCGAGGCACUUUUCGCGUGUGGUGAGUUGGCAGGUGGCGUCCACGGUGCCAACAGAUUAGGUGGUUCGUCACUACUGGGCUGUGUUGUUUACGGUCGUGUCGCCGGCGCAUCUGCUUCGCAAUAUCUGUUCCAGAAGCUUACCUCGGGAGGUGUUACAUCAGCCUCGCAACGUGCUGGUCAAAUCUCACUCCACAUCGACCCCAAUGUACCAGGCAAAAUCUCGGUGGAAUGGGGAAGUGGUGGCUCUGGACAAGCCUCUGUUGGAACGGAGACCACAAGCCAACAAGCCCAAAAGACAGCAGCCCCUGUCAUGGAUGGAAACAAGUCUCAAGACCCCGCCAAGAAGAAGGAUGGCAAUGACAUCAGUGCUUUCAAAGUUCCCGACAAGGAAUUCACUCUGGAAGAAGUCGCAAAACACAACAAGAAGGACGAUUUGUGGAUCGCUGUCAAGGGUGUUGUGAUGGAUGUAACGAAUUGGCUCGAUGAGCACCCAGGCGGUCCCCAGGCGCUUUUCAGCCAUAUGGGCAAGGAUGCCUCAGAAGAAUUCGAGAUGCUUCACGACGACGAAGUGAUCCCCAAGUAUGCUGCUGACAUUGUCAUCGGACGUGUUGCAGGCCAGGAAGUUCGGUUAGAGUACUAG